AUGUUGGCCAAGCAAGCUCUCUUUAUUUCUGCACUUCUGCCCUUGAUUCAAGGACAGGAAUCUACAUCAGAGACUGUUUUAGGUGUUUAUAUCUUUCAUCGUCACGGAGAUCGUACUACAAAAGCCUACGCUCCAACAUCUCUCACAGAUCUUGGCUAUGCUCAAGUAUAUGCUUCCGGAAAUUACUAUCGACAACGAUACAUCGAUUCCAAUGCAUCCUCUCCUCUGUAUAAAAUCAAUUCAGACAUAGCUAAGAUCUCUCAAUUGAACGUUCAAGCACCGGUCGACAAUGUACUUCAGAACUCAGCAUCUGGGUUCCUUCAAGGUUUAUACCCACCGGUUGGCGCAACAUUGGGGAGUCAAAUACUUGCCAAUGGCACAAGUGUUGAAGCACCGUUGGGUGGCUUUCAACUUAUUCCUGUCAAUGUCGUUGCUACGGCAUCAUCAAGCGCCAAUUCUGAGAACUCGGCAUGGCUACAGGGCUCAAGUGGUUGUGGAAAUGCAAUCACGAGCUCUAAUAACUAUUUUUUCUCAGAAGAAUAUACGAGUCUGCUGAACUCGACCAAGAGCUUCUACCAGAGCAUUCUUCCCGUCAUUAACACCACAUUCAAUUCUACUCAAGACACUUUCAAGAAUGCAUACUCGGUUUAUGACUACGUUCACGUCUCUACCAUUCACAACUCGUCUAUUCCAUCCGAUGAACUUCUCACAGACGACACCCUUUCCCAACUGCUAGCGCUAGCCAAUAAUCAUGAGUUCAAUCUCGCAUACAAUGCUUCGGAGCCGAUUCGUGCAAUUGCGGGAUCUACUUUAGCAGCACAAAUCCUCGAACAACUAAACACAACCAUAACCAGCCAAUCCUCCGUCCCCGUCUCCAUCCAAUUCGGCGCCUACGCCUCCUUCCUCUCCUUCUUCGGGCUCUCCGGUCUCUCCACCCUAUCCCCAAACUUCACCGGCAUCGUCGACUACGCCUCCUCCAUGACCUUUGAACUCCUCACCAACAGCACCCUAAACAGCACCAGCACCUCCUAUCCUUCCCCAACCGAUAUCUCCGUGCGCUUCUAUUUUUCCAACGGCACCGCUUCUGAAAAUCCGUUGACCGCAUACCCUCUUUUCAAUCAGAUGGAAACGACGAUUCCAUGGACGACUUUUGUGGAGGAGAUGAGUAAAUUUGCGAUUGGAGAGCAGGGGGAUUGGUGUACGGCGUGUGGGAACUCGACGGGGGUUUGUGCGGGGGCAUCGGCUGCUUCUUCUUCUUCUUCGGGUUCGAGCGCUGGAACGGGGACUGCGGAUGCAGGUAUAUCGAAGGCGGUGGCGGGAGUAAUUGGAGCGAUGGUUACAUUAGCUGUGGUGUUGGGGGUUGAGGCAUUGGUUUUGCUGGUGGCGGGUAUGAGGAUCGUGAGUAAGAAGAGAUUGGGGGGCGGUGUUGGUAGUGGUGGUGGUGGUGGUGGUGGUGCGGCGGGUAAUGCGGUUAGUGUUGGGAAACGGGGUGGGAAAUAG